UCACGAGCACAAAAUUAACGGUAAAUGAAGUGAUUUAUAUAAAAAUUGCUAUUCCGAGAGCAAUCGGAGGAUGUAAAAGCAAUGUCUUUUAUAAAUUUUCUCCGAAUUUCGACGGGAUUAUUCAAAAAGGACGUUAUCACCUUCCUGGUUCUACGACGUCAUGAUUUGAAUAUAAUCGAUGAGAAACUUCGCUACAUAGCAGUAAAACCGACAGCCUCUAUAUCACAACUACGACACAAAGUAUGGUAUCUUCUUGAUUUACCGGAUUACUGUGACGAAAUUAUAAUACUGAAAUCUGAAAGCGAUCGAGAAUUACCGUUGACUGAUCUUCGAAAAGGAAAUGACCCGCAGCACCCAUACAUUUUGGAAGUCUGGCUUCCUAACAAAAUUAUAUCCUCAGUAUUGCUAAAUAACAUGAUAACCAUGGGUAAUAAAAGUGUAAAUGGAGACAAUUAUGAAGCACCAGACACAGUGUUUGAUGAAAAAAUUAAAGACGAUUAUAAAGAAAAACGAAUUGAAGACGAGUUAUCACAUACUUCAAUCAUCAACGAAACAAUGGCGCUUAAUCAAUUUCGAUUAAAGGAAAAUCACCAAAUGAUUAAAAACAAACAAUGUGAAAAGAAAACAGACUUAACUUGCAAAAUUUCAACAUCGUCAAUAUUCUUUAAGCUCCACGGAAGAAAAAGCAGAGACAACUUCGCAAAUAUUUUAUUAAAAAUACAAAAUGAUCUCACGACUUUAACGAAUAAACUGUCGGAUUUGGAAAACCGGAUACAAUUAUAAUAUAAGUUACCAAGAUGUUUAAAAAAAAUAAAAACUUAUGCCAAAAAUAAUUCAUUUUAUUAGAUAUAUUUUACAAUAUAUGAAAUUUGCUGAAAUGCUUACAAAGUAAAUAAAACAUAUGUAUAUUUAUAAGAAUUAAUUCUUAUCAUCUAAAUUGGACUAAAUGUAUAUAUCGCAGCCAAAUGGUUGGAAUUGUCAUUUGAUUGCAUGGAUAGCCCUUUCAUUUAACAACGCCAUUCAAGCACGCGCCUAGUUUAACAUUUGAAUCAUUAUGGUUUUUAGAACAAGCA